UUGACGGAGGCACAUGCGAAAAGUGCUUUGGCUCUUUCAGCAUUCAGGUGAGUUUUGUGGUUGUGUUGAAGUAGGUGAGUGUCAGUGAUUCGUACGUGUGAGUCUGUUCCCCGUUGUAUUGUUCUAUUUUGUUUUGUGCUUUGAUCAUUUGUCUGGAGAAAAAAUAAGAUGAGAUUAUGCAGUUGGAGAUGCUGUCGAAGGUGAAAAACGGUACCAGUCAUUUUUCACGAUGUAGAGCUUAACCCUUCGGGCACAUCACCUAUAAUGACUGAAGAGAAAAAAGAAGCUGGCGUUGCCUUGAUAUCACUAAAAUGUGUUCUAUUCCUGUUCUUUGGAGGGCUUGGAUGCAUCCUGGCAUUCCUGCCCCUGCAUAUGAGAGACGUUGGACUGACAGGCGAUGAGAGUCGCAUCGUAUCGAUAGUGGCGCCAUGCGUGGCCAUCAUUGGGCCGCUGCUGUUCGGCCCCCUGGCAGACAGGUGGGGCGCAGGCUCGGCCGGCACCCAGCACUCGCAGCACAUGCGGGGCCUCCUCGCCUUCUGUCUCGUCCUGGGAGCAGUCGCCUACUCGGCGCUCCUCGCCGUACCCACCGUGUCGAGGCUGCAACAGCGCAACCCUGAGCUCAGCUUCAGGUGCAACCAACAAGGCGCCUUUGUCGUGCAGGAGAAAUGCCAGGAGACACCUUGCCAUGACUGGCCCAGGGACAAUUUUGGGUCGAUAUUUCUGAGUUAUUGUCGAUAUGAUUGUCCUCAAAAUGGAACCAAAUCUGAAUCAUUGUUCAUCACCACCCCGGAGACUGUACCUGACAAUGACGAUGAUGACGACAGCGAAGGAAGUGAAAGAGUUGUGACAACGACUCAGAAGCCCAAGGAGGAUUAUCCACACAUGUGCUUUACCAAAGAUGAGAGGACAAUCUGUCAUGUUUACACGGAAGCCACCAAACAGCUGACUGUGAAUGUAACGUUGACCACCACACCUGACACUUAUCUCUACGAUCCUGAAUGGUGCCGCUAUCCACUGGGUGGAAAAGUGAGCUGUCCAUUAUUGGAGAAGUUUGAAAACUGUGACGUAGUGUGUGACCUCGCAGAGCCCUUCUCAAGAUCGGAUAGUAUUCUCCUGCCCGCAAAAUGUCAGAAAACCAUUGGCAAUGAUCAACUCACGUUCUGGUCAUACUUAGCUAUACGAUCAAUUGCCGAUAUAUUUCCGACGACGACUCUGGCUCUACUCGAUUCCUGCCUGAUCACUGCCACAAGAGACUCGCCUGGGCUGCUGGGUCCCCAGUUAGCUGUAGCAGCCGCUGGCUUAGCAAUAUUCCCCGUCAUUUCUCUUUUCGUCUCAAAUUUGACAUCGUUAUUUUUCGAAGUCACAUUAUCAGCAUAUGCAUCACCGAUCCUCAUGUUUGCUCUCCUGUCUCUUGGUGCAGCUCUAAUUGUUAUAUUCGACAAAUCAAUGCCUCUAUCUCCCGUAGACUACUGGCUGCAUUCAGGAUCGAGCUACUUCAACUUCAAAGGUGGCGGAGGCGAAAUCACCGUUAUCCUAUUCAUCUUAGUGCUUCUGGGAACAUUCUGGAGUUGUCUUGACUCUUACCUACCUUGGUAUCUGGUUCUGGAAUUGGAGGGCAACGAUCUGCUCCUUGCUUUGACAUUCGUGGCGGGGGCCCUCCCUUCCCUUCCGUUUCUCUGGUUCGCUGAGACUAUAGUCUUCUAUUGUGGCCACACUAAUCUAUUCAUCACAGCUUUCACAUUCUACAUAAUUCGAUAUACAGGUCUUCUCUUCUUCAGUAAUCCGUGGUGGAUCUUACUUUGUGAGGGUCUGGAAGUUUUUACUCUGAGUAUCAUGUGGGCCUCUGCAAUAUUGUACAUAAGACAAGUAAUACCAAGGCAUUUGACUACUGUUGGACAAUCUCUGGCUGUUAUUGCACAUUUUUGUCUCGGCAGAAGUAUAGGCGCUGUGCUUGGCGGUAUUCUCAGCCAGAACGACUCUCUGAUACAGGUGUACAGAGUGUGCGCUGUGGUGGCAGCGUUUGUCGCCACUGCCUACUACAUCAUCUAUUACUGCUGCAUCAAACCAAAGUGCCUCAAGCCUCCGACGCGAGGAUAUAGAAAUCCUCAUAAUGCAAUGCAAGGUUCAAAUACGAAUGGAACAUAUACUCCACUGAAAGUCUACAAUAAACAAGGAGAUAAAGGUUCAAAUAAUCAAGCGAGUCGCUACUGAAAUGCAUUGCAGAGGAAAAUUCAAAUAUUUCAACAUUUCAGCUGAGCUUACACUUUUAACAUCCAUGCAAAAAUGUGUGUCUAGAGUGGAGUGUGUUUAGAACUUACAAUUUCACAAGCUUAUAAAUGUUAAUUUUUUAAUAAAGUGAUGUUUUUAAGAA